UCUCUCUCUCUCUCUCUCUCUCUCUUCUACGUUUUCUUUUCUUCACCGAAUAGCCGUGGGCUUUUUUUCUGUUGAAAGACAGUUCGUCCUCCUCACCAAACACCAAAAUCUCCAGCAAAAUCUCGACCUAAUUUUCCGAUCCAUCUCUAACGUACUACCAACUCAUUGCACGUCACGGCCUCCUUUCUCGACGAUCGAAUACGGAUUCACCAGAUCUAAUUUGAAUUCGAAUUUAGGAACCAUGUCCCGCGGGCGGACUUACCAUUCACAAGGUGGCCCUUAUCUUGGUGGUUGUAGGUUUUCUGUCAAUGGAAACCAUUCCACCGUCAGCUCUACUGAGAAUUUUAGCGGUUAUAAUAGCGACGGAAACUGGUUAAGGAAAGACAACAGUUUCCAUGACUACUCAAGACAGCUUAAGGAGUAUAACUAUCCUCCUCAUUAUGUUAACCCGGACGCUGCGCCGUCUUUGAAAAGGAGAAAAUUUUCUUCUUCCACUUGGGAAAACAGUGGGGAAGACUAUCGGCUGAAAGCAUAUAAUAAUGGCAUUUCGACACAUGACAUCAAUUUUGUCCUCCCUGCUCCUUCAAGGCCAGAUGCCAAUGCCUACACUUCUACUGCUGGUAAACGUGAUCGCUCAGAGUUUGAGGUUGAUGAAAUGAUUUUCUUAUCGAGGGAUGAUAUCGAGAGAUGCUCUCCUUCGAGGAAAGAUGGUAUUGAUGUUCUGCAUGAAACGUACUUGCGGUACUCAUAUUGUGCCUUCCUCCAGAAUCUUGGAUCGCGAUUGGAUUUGCCGCAAACCACUGUAGGCACUGCAAUGGUUUUAUGCCACCGUUUUUUUGUUCGAAGGUCCCAUGCUUGCCACGAUAGAUAUUUGAUUGCCACGGCUACUCUUUUUCUGGCUGCAAAAUCUGAGGAGACACCACGACCUUUGAAUGAUGUGUUGAGAGCUUCAUGUGAAAUCACCCACAAGCAGGAUCUCACUUUCCUCUCCUAUCUGUUCCCUGUUGGUUGGUUUGAGCUGUAUCGAGAACGGGUGAUUGAGGCUGAGCAAUUGAUAUUGACAACUUUGGACUUUGAGCUUAAUGUUCAGCAUCCAUAUGUUCCUCUUACAUCCAUUCUUGACAAAUUAGGCCUUUCAAAAUCAGUUUUGGUCAACUUGGCACUGCAUUUGAUCAGUGAAGGACUUGUUGAGGUUUGGAGGCAGUCAUUUACAUGGACUCAUGGAGCAUAAGUUUGUUGUCUCUUUUUGCAUUACUUGAUUUCUGAAAUGUCUGUUGGGUUGUGAGUUCUUUCCUCGAGUUAUUGCUCUGCGCAGUCACUAUGUCACAUGAUAUUGAUUUUAUUUGGAUUGGCAAAUAAUUGCAGGAUCUUUACAGAUUAGCAUGCUCGCCUGUAUGAUAUUCUUAGCUGGCGGAUUGAUGUGCUGUUCAUGGAAAGUUUUGUUUUACAUCUGAAGUUGAACCACCGAUGUGUUGUGGAUGCCUUUCAUGAAUAUAUCUUUUAACUUGGUGUCCACAAAUGCUCCAGAACGAGUUUUCCCAUCUCACUUUGACUUCAUUGUGGUCAUGUGAGAUCAAAUCAUGUGGAUUUCAUUCAGUGCUGCUGCCAGUCUACUUGGUGUCCACCCGUCCAUAUAGGACACUAAUAAAUAAAAAAAUGCAAAACAAGCCAAAAAAAUGGAGUUUGGGUGAGUAUAUCAUGUUCAUUGGGAUUUAGUGGACGACUUAUUUUGUAUAUCAUCGACUACCCGUAUAAGGGAUAUACGGUCCGACAGGUAGGGAGAGAUGUUGCAUAUUCUCGAGUCUUUCAUUUUGGUUUUUGUUGUUUCUGUUCCAAAAAUCAUUUUCGGAUCUUCACGAAAGUAGUGUAUGCAUGGUCCUAACAUAUUUUCAGCUUUUGUGUAAAGGAAUCAAAAAUGUUUUCAGUAUAGGCCAACUAGUGGGUUGGGUGGUGUUGCCUAUUAAAAAAAAAGUGGGUUGGGUGGUGGUGUACCUGAAAUUAAUCUCAUCUGUUAUUACAGUUAAUUGUACUUAUUUAUCUACAUUUUCUUUUUCUUUUUCUUUUUCUCCCCCUCGGUGAUAUACAUACUAAAACCAGUAGCCUACGGGUUCUGGAUUUUUAAACAUGCAGCGGAGAAAGUUAUUGAUAAUAUUCGUUCCGACAAAUUUCUAGGUUUUGUUUUUCAGUCCUUUUUCCUCCUGGUCUAUAUAUACAUACAUAUUGAUACUUGCAUUUGAUGCACCUGGGCACUCUGAUGGUCCAUGACUCCAUGUCAAGAGGUAUCGUUUAGUUUCAUUGUACAUUUUGCUUUUGUAAUCUACACCUUAACAGUUUGGUAGGAUUCACAACUUUUUUCGUGACCUCCACUCUUGAAAAUUUUUCCCUCUCUAUUCUUUUUCUGAUCAUAUUUUUCACAUCCCACACUCUAUGUCUAUGUAUUUCUUACAUACAUACGUAAAUGUGGUUCUAUACUUGUAUGUAUUCUUAUAUAAUUAAAAAAGUGACUCUUUGUAUCCAAAGAUGGAAGCAUGGGACAAAGAUCAUUUUCACUCAGAUUAAAAACCAUUGAUCAAGUUGUCAACUGGUGGCUUAUGCAUAAAUAAGUAUGUGUCCAUAUAUAUGUUUAAAUCACAUGUUGGUAAUCCGCUACAGCAACUCUACUGCACCAAAUAGGUUUCACACCAGAGUUGGCACAGAAUGCCCUCUGUUGUAGUUUUUUCUCA